AUGUUGGGCCCCGACAGGGAUGGUGGCCCCGACAAGGAUGGUGGCCCCGACAAGGAUGGUGGCCCCGGCAGGGAUGGAGGCCCCGACAGGGAUGGUGGCCUCGACAGGGAUGGUGGCCCCGACAAGGAUGGUGGCCAGAACAGUAACAUUGGCUCUGGUAUGGGUGACGGUGGUGAGGGCAGCAGGAAGACAGACGGUGGCCUUGCCAGAGGAUCGGAGGUGUGUGGAGGCGGGGCGUGUUGUGUGCCGGCGGUGACGGAGGUGAUGCUUGAGGCUGGCCGUGAUUCCCUCAGUCAAGUGGUCAAGUCCACAGCUGACAGCCUCCACGCCGCCCUCACCUCUCACCGUGACACCUUCUACGGUGUGGUAGAGAGCGCCCUGGCCAACAGCGAGCACCGGGCCCUUAGGGUGUUCCAGGCCACCUACCCCCGCCUCGCCCCUGCCGCUCGUCAGGUCCUUCACGACCUCUACGCCUCCCUGAGAGUGGGCCUCACAGACCCUGACGACAGGGCGCUGGAGAACGCCCUCGGUAACUUCUGGGACGACCUGUUCCCUCCCGUGUACCACAGUGUCCUGCAUGCCCGCCUACCACCCUUCUCCCGGAGGUACACAGAGUGCUUGAGAGAUGCCCAGAGAGUAAUACAGCCCUGGGGCAUCAUUCCCACCCUGGUAGGAGAGCCCCUCCUCCGAGGCCUUCACUCGGCGCGCCUCCUUCUCCACACACUUGACGUCGGGGCUCAGGUGGUAGACACUGCGAGGAACUUGCCAAUACCGAGUGAGUGUGGCGAGGCUGCGGCGCGCCUCCGGUUCUGCGGGGCGUGUCAUGGCGCCCUCGCACCACCUUGCUCCGGCAUGUGUCUUAACGUAGCCCGCGGCUGCUUCGCUCCCCUGGCUGAAGUGGACGGUGCUUGGGCCGACCUGGCAGGGGCUGUGGGCAGAGUGCAGGAGUCGCUGAAGGCGGUGAGGUUAGCACACCUCCUACAUCAGCUGCCAGACAAGCUCUCAGAGGCUGUCAUGGUGGCCCUCGAGCGAGGACCACAGCUUCAGAAAAAGGUAAAGUGACUAUGUGUGUGUUCG